GUUGUGUGUGUUUAACAUAUUUUUCUUCUUCUUAAGCCUUCAAGACUGAGAAAGACCAGGAAACUGCGGGGUCAUGUCAGCCAUGGCCAUGGCCGUAUUGGUAAACAUAGAAAACAUCCUGGAGGACGUGGUAAUGCUGGGGGCAUGCACCACCACAGAAUUAACUUUGAUAAAUACCAUCCUGGUUAUUUUGGAAAGGUUGGUAUGAGACAUUACCAUCUGAAGAAAAACCAACACUUCUGCCCCACAGUGAAUCUAGAUAAGCUCUGGACACUUGUUAGUGAGCAGACAAGGCUCAAGUAUGCCAAGCAUCCAGCCGGGUUAGCCCCUGUUAUUGAUGUUGUACGCUCGGGAUAUUAUAAAGUCCUGGGCAAGGGGAAACUGCCCAAGCAGCCUGUAAUUGUGAAAGCAAAAUUCUUCAGCAGAAAAGCAGAAGAGAAAAUAAAAGAAGUUGGCGGAGCCUGCGUGCUGGUGGCAUAAGGACAUCUCUAUGUACUUGGUUUUAAUAAACAUUAUUCCAGA